GCAUUCACAAGUGGGCUCAGAAAGUAUCUUCAAUAUUACCGAGCCUGUGUUUUGUCAACACCUCCUACUUUAACUCUUCUAACAAUCAGCUUUCUCUUCAGAAAAUUAGGUCGUCAGUUGAGGUAUUUAGCUGAACUUUGUGGCAUAGGAACAACAGUGCUGGGGAUCAGUGGUGGAGCUGGUGCUUCAUUUCCUACGGGUGUUAAAUUGCUUUCAUAUCUGUACAAAGAGGCUCUCAACAACUGUAGCAAUGAGCAUUAUCCAGUUCUUCUGUCUUUGUUGAAGACAAGCUGCGAACCGUACACAAGAUUUAUCUAUGAUUGGGUAUACAGCGGUGUAUUCAGAGACGUUUAUGGAGAAUUUAUGAUCCAGGUGAAUGAGGAUUAUCUUUGUUUCAGAGAUAAACAUUACUGGACUCAUGGCUACGUUUUGAUUUCAAAAGAAGUAGAAGAUUGUGUCCCUGUGUUUCUUAAACAUAUUGCUAAUGAUGUAUACAUAUGCGGGAAAACCAUAAAUUUGCUGAAAUUGUGCUGUCCUAGGCAUUAUAUAUGUUGGUCAGAUAUACCUGUUCCCCGGAUUUCAGUUAUUUUUUCGCUUGAGGAGCUGAAAGAAAUAGAGAGAGAUUGUGCAGUGUAUGUAGGUCGAAUGGAAAGAAUUGCCCGAUACAGUUCCAUAAGCAAGGAGGAAAAGGAUUUGCGCAUGGAAAUAGCCAAACAAGAAUUAAUCGUUCAUGCUCGAGAAACUGCUAGUAAAGUACUAAAAGCCAUUAAUGAUCGACAAAUAUCAGAACGAAUGGCUUUGGAUGCAAAGAAACGGGAACAGUUUCAGAAACUGAAAGAGCAAUUUGCAAAAGACCAAGAGCGUCGCCUUGCAAUAAAGCAAGAAGAGAUUGAUGAUGAUUUCAGCUAUGCCCGAGAGCUCAGAGAGAGAGAAAAAAGACUGAAAGCUUUAGAAGAAGAACUGGAAAAAAAGGCAAGGCAGGAAUUAAUUGACCAUUAUAGCAAACUUUCUGAUGAUGCAGCCCGUAGGGAACAAAGAGCGUUAUGGAAAAUCCAGCGACACAAGUUGGAAACAGCCCGUCUUAAGUUUCUGUUAGAAGAUCAGAAACGCAUCGAGGAAAUGCUUGAAAAACUUCCAGAUGGAAACUACAGGAGAAAAUUGGAUAUUAUUCCUUAUAAACAGUGCCAGCUGGCUUUAGAUAAAAACCCUGUUGUGAAAGAUCCACAUUCACAGGUGUCUUCUGUGAAACCUCUGCAUUCUAAUGAGACAGUUGGCAGAAAAGAAUCUGAGCCUGGACUGGAACAUGGAGCUUCUGCUGACAAAGCACUGCCCAUGCCAGAGCUGACAAAUAAUAAUGCUGAUCAGCAUUUUCAGCCUAAAGCAGCAGGAUCUGAAAGCAGUCUCCGAAGUUCAGAAGCAGCAUACAGUCGUCUAUACAGUGCUGAUUCCUUGCCUGAAUCCACUGUGAAUAUAGGAGAUUUCUUAUCAAAGCCACAAGAUGAGCAACCUGUUGCCGUUGGCGUACAAGGAUCUUUGCUAGAUGAAGCAUUCCAAAAUAUUAACUCAGAUCUUUCUGAGACUUCUCAAGUAAGUGCAAAUCAGCCUAUCUUGAGAGGAGCAUUGGAAGGAGAAGACAAUGCACCAUUGCAUCAGCAAAAUGAGUAUGAUUUUAAUACAGUUCUCAGACCAUCUGCAGCUUGGCAGGGACAUGUUAGAGUUGGAGAAAAUGUAUUUGAUACGGAGUACAGAAGGCCUCGGUGGAAUAUUCAGGGACAUGCAUCUGAUGCCAACAUUAGAGUGGGAGAAUAUGUACCUCAUGUGGAUGUGUACCAGCCACAUUCAAGCCCUUACGGGCAUUCUUCAGACUCCCAUAUAAAAAUCAGCAGCUAUACUUCUGAAGUUGAAUCCAGCCGACCCCGAUGGAAUAUUCAUGGGCAUGUUUCUGAAGCUCAUAUUAAAAUUGGGGAGUAUGCUUCAGAAGUAGAGCCCUCAAGGCCUAGGUGGAACAUUCACGGACAUGCUUCGGAAGCCAAUAUUAAGAUUGGAGAGUAUGUGUCAAAUGUAGCUCCUACAAGGCCUCGAUGGAACAUCCAUGGUCAUGCAUCUGAUGCCAACAUCAAGAUUGGUGAAAACGUGUCAGAGGUGGUCUCAGCUAGACCUCGUUGGAACAUCCAUGGGCAUGCUUCACAGUCGCACAUCAAAAUUGGAGAACUGGUUUCAGAUACAGAGCCUUUGAAAUCUCGUUGGAGCCCGUUUGGUCACGCAUCCCAGUCAAGCAUCCAAAUAGGGAAGUGGGCCCCAUCUACAGAAAAUGAUCCAAUACCUCAUCGUAAAACCAUUUCAGGUCCUUCAUCUGACUCCACAGUUCAGACACUUCUGUACAGUGAAGAAUUAUCACCUGGUGAAGGGAGCAGAAAGGAAGCAAAAAUGUCACACGUUAAGGAAGAGACUUUGCCACAGUCGCAAUCAUCUGACAGUGUUCCAGUCUUUUCUGAUGCUAAUAUUAAAGAUGACAAAAAAGAAAAUAUAACGGAAGAGAAACGAGAAGUAAUUGCAGAUGUGGUCAACAAGGACCCUUCUCCAGAUUCCUCACAGAGCUUACAGGCAGAAGAACCUGAAAAAGCAAUUCCAAAAGAUACUGUGCCUCAGGAAACUUCAUUUUCUGAAGCUAAUGCUCCCAAGACUAAGGAGAAAGAAGGGGGAGAGGAAGAUACAUGGAAGAAAGAACAAGCUUAUUUGAAAGCCUUAUCGGAUCAGUAUUGUAUUGAAAAAUAUCAAGAUAGUUAUGAUUUGAUGUCAGAACUACCAGUUUCUCAUCUCUUGCAUCAUGUGAUACCAAGAUCGUACACUUUUCCUGUGGAUCCUACGGUACAGUCAGCAACAGAUGAAACAGCUGUACAGCUGAGUGAGCUCUUAUCUCUGCCAGUGCUGAUGAAACGUUCCAUUACUGCUCCACUUGUAUCUCAUGUUUCUCUUGUGAACAAAGCAAUAGUUGAUUACUACUUUGUGGAACUGAAUGUAGAGAAGCAUUUUGAAGCACUGAGACACUUUUUGUUAAUGGAAGACGGGGAGUUUGCUCAGUCACUCAGUGACCUGUUGUUUGAGAAGCUUGGAUCAGGACAAACACCUGGUGAAUUGCUGAACCCACUGGUUCUUAAUUCUAUCCUAAAUAAAGCAUUACAGUACAGCCUUCAUGGUGACACCCAGCUUGCUUCCAAUCUCUCUUUUGCCCUCAAGUACCUUCCAGAAGUGUUCAAGCCCAAUGCGCCUGAUGCUCUGAGUUGCUUAGAGCUAAGGUACAAGGUUGAUUGGCCUCUGAACAUUGUCAUUACUGAGAGCUGCAUGAAUAAAUACAACAAGAUCUUCUCCUUUUUGCUUCAGCUGAAGCACAUGGUGUGGACUCUCAAGGAUGUUUGGUUUCACUUAAAACGCACUGCUUUAGUGAGUCAUGCAUCAAAUUCCGUUCAGUUUCGACAGCUCCAACUGUAUAAACAUGAAAUGCAGCAUUUUGUGAAAGUUAUUCAAGGUUACAUUGCUAACCAGAUUCUUCAUGUUACAUGGUGUGAAUUUGGAAACAAACUGUCUUCUGUAGGCAACCUGGAAGAAAUUCACAGAACACAUGCUGAAUACCUCAACAAAGCAAUCUUCAGGGGUCUGUUGACAGAGAAGGCAGCCCCGGUGAUGAACAUUAUACACAGCAUCUUCAGCCUCAUUUUGAAGUUCCGCAGCCAGCUGAUCUCUCAGUCAUGGAGCUUCGAUGCAGGGAAGCAAAUGGCUGUUCAUCCCAACUUUGGUCUGAUGCAGCAGUCAUACAAUACCUUCAAGUAUUACUCCCACUUCUUAUUCAAAGUGGUAACAAAGCUUGUAAAUAGAGGAUACCAACCACAUUUGGAGGACUUUCUACUGCGAAUCAACUUUAACAACUACUACAAGGAUAACUGAACUCUAUAGAGUAAGGAUCACCAAUAGCAUGGUAAAACAGAAACAGAUAACCCUAUAUGCUUAUGAUUUAUAGAAGCUUAUGCAAAUGCCAUGCAAGAGGCAUUUUUCUUCAGUGAAAUAACCUGCCAUCUAAUAGCUUGAAGAAUAUAACCACCACGUACAUAAAAUCCACCACACCUACCUGGUUUUUGAUCUACUGAGAACUGAUGUUGUCACUAUUGCAAGGAUAGAAAAGCUGAGUGCCUGGUCUUAACAGGGGAGAGGGUGCAAAACUGUAUAUCUGUGAAUGUGUAAAUGUUGUAUUUUCAGUGUUGUGAAUUUCCUCCAAUGUAAAUACACGUAUGUGAAAUAAAUUAACAGAUACUUUCUAAAA